AUGUAUUUGUUGUCACACUGCAUGUUGCCAUUAGUGUGUAUGUUGUAUGUAUGUUUGUUGUCACACUGCAUGUUGCCAUUAGUGUGUAUGUUGUAUGUAUGUUUGUUGUCACACUGCAUGUUGCCAUUAGUGUGUACGUUGUAUGUAUGUUUGUUGUCACACUGCAUGUUGCCAUUAGUGUGUAUGUUGUAUGUAUGUUUGUUGUCACACUGCAUGUUGCCAUUAGUGUGUACGUUGUAUGUAUGUUUGUUGUCACACUGCAUGUUGUCAUUAGUGUGUACGUUGUAUGUAUGUUUGUUGUCACACUGCAUGUUGCCAUUAGUGUGUACGUUGUAUGUAUGUUUGUUGUCACACUGCAUGUUGUCAUUAGUGUGUAUGUUGUAUGUAUGUUUGUUGUCACACUGCAUGUUGCCAUUAGUGUGUAUGUUGUAUGUAUGUUUGUUGUCACACUGCAUGUUGCCAUUAGUGUGUAUGUUGUAUGUAUGUUUGUUGUCACACUGCAUGUUGCCAUUAGUGUGUAUGUUGUAUGUAUGUUUGUUGUCACACUGCAUGUUGCCAUUAGUGUGUAUGUUGUAUGUAUGUUUGUUGUCACACUGCAUGUUGCCAUUAGUGUGUACGUUGUAUGUAUGUUUGUUGUCACACUGCAUGUUGCCAUUAGUGUGUAUGUUGUAUGUAUGUUUGUUGUCACACUGCAUGUUGUCAUUAGUGUGUAUGUUGUAUGUAUGUUUGUUGUCACACUGCAUGUUGUCAUUAGUGUGUAUGUUGUAUGUGUGUUUGUUGUCACACUGCAUGUUGCCAUUAGUGUGUAUGUUGGAUGUAUGUUUGUUGUCACACUGCAUGUUGUCAUUAGUGUGUAUGUUGUAUGUAUGUUUGUUGUCACACUGCAUGUUGCCAUUAGUGUUUAUGUUGUAUGUGUGUUUGUUGUCACACUGCAUGUUGUCAUUAGUGUGUAUGUUGUAUGUAUGUUUGUUGUCACACUGCAUGUUGCCAUUAGUGUGUAUGUUGUAUGUAUGUUUGUUGUCACACUGCAUGUUGCCAUUAGUGUGUAUGUUGUAUGUAUGUUUGUUGUCACACUGCUUGUUGCCAUUAGUGUGUAUGUUGUAUGUAUGUUUAUUGUCACACUGCUUGUUGCCAUUAGUGUGUAUGUUGGAUGUAUGUUUGUUGUCACACUGCAUGUUGCCAAUAGUGUGUAUGUUGGAUGUGUGUUUGUUGUCACACUGCUUGUUGCCAUUAGUGUGGAUUCUCCAGUCAGCUGUGCCGUGA